AUGUAUAAUGAAACUUUUUCUUAUCAAAAUUGCCAAAAUUUUACUUGGGAUAAUCCAAAUAUCAUGGAUGAUACGAUGGUUCUAGCAUCGUCUUCAAGAGAUGGUCAAAGUACUUUAUUUCCUAUUACUUUUCAUGAUGGUCCAAUAACACCAGCAUUGGAGAGAUUAAGUAUUCUACGGCAAAAAGGAGAAUUUUGUGAUUGUGAAAUAAAAGUACAAGAUAAAUUAUUUGCUGCUCAUCGUGUAGUACUUUCCUCUGUCAGUCCAUAUUUAAAUUCAAUAUUUAAAAGAAAUAUGAUUGUUAAAGAAAGGAUGGUAUUAAAUUCAUGGUAUCCAGAAAUUUUUGAGCAAAUUCUUGAAUAUUGUUAUACAGGAAGAAUUACAAUUAAUCGUGAAACAUGUUUUGAAACAUUAAGAUUAGCUAAUAGUUUUCUUAUGGCACGUUUAAAAAGUUAUUGCGCAAAUUAUUUAGAUCAAGCUAUGGAUCCAUCAAAUUGUCUUUCAAUAAAGGAUAUCUCUACAAAAUAUAAUAUUCCAUCAUUACAAGCAACAGCAUGUGAAUAUUUUGAUAAUAAUUUUACAAAAUGUCUUCUUGAAAGCACUAAUAUACCAGAAUAUUCUUAUGAAGAGCUUCGUAAUUUAUUAAUGAAUCCUAAAUAUAAUUGUAUGUUAACACCAGAAGUACAUAUUAAAGUUAUAACUCGUUGGACUAAUCAUUAUAUUGAUGAUAGAGAAGAUGCAUUUGAUGAGUUAUUAAAACAAGUCAAUCCACAAACAAUAAAUAUAUCAACAAUUGAAUAUUUAUUAGAUUAUUCACCAUUAUAUCAAAAUUCAACAUUUUGCAGGUUUAUGCUUAUGAAUCUUGUUUAUUCAUAUCAUAUGCCAUUAGGAAAAUAUGAAAUUGAAUUUCAAAAUUAUUAUAAACAAGCAAAUACAUAUGGUAUACAAUCAUUAAAAUGUGUUCGUCAAAAUGAAAAUAUGAUUCAACACCCAGAAAAUGAAGGGAUGUCGCAAGCAUCAUAUCAAAAUUUUCAACAACCAAUUAAUAAUGAUAAUAACCAAAGUCAAAUUCAUCAUAAUGAACAAUCAUCUGACAUGGAUAGUAAUAGACCAUCAAUUAAAUUAAAAAUAAAUAUGAAUCAUAAAAGUAAUAGUAAUAUGGAAAAUUCAGAAAUAAUGAUUGAUGGAAAUGAAAAUGUAGAAAAAAAUAAGAAUAGAAAACGUGGAAGGCCUACAAAAGAAAAAAUUUGUACAAUUAAUGAUAAUAAUGAUAUUGAACCAGAAUCAGCAUUUUUUGAUUUAGAUGAAUCAUUAGAAGAAUUAGUAUUAUUUGAUACAGAUGAUGAUAUUAAUCCAGAUGAUAUAAUCGAUGAUAAAUUAAUUGUUCCAGCAACUGGAGAUGAUGCAAAAUAUCAGUGUGACAAUUGUCCUUUUCAAGCAGCAACACUAAAUAUUAUUAAACUACAUAUCGCAAAAACACAUGCAAAAAAUGUUUUAUAUGUAUGUCCUUUUUGUCAAUAUGAAUGUACAUGGAAUAAAAUAUUUUAUAAUCAUAUGAGAGAACAUUUUCAAGGUCCUCCAUAUAAAUGUGAUCAUUGUGAAUAUUCCUGUGAUAAUAUUCAUUUAUUAUUAUCACAUAGAACAUGUCAUUCAGAUGAGAAACCAUUUAAAUGUGGAUAUUGUGACUAUAGGUCGAGAGUUAAAGCAAAUUUAUAUACACAUGUUAGAUUACAUACAAAUGAUAAACCAUAUUUAUGUGAAUAUUGUGAUAAACAAUUUGCAACUUCUAUUUAUUUAAAAUCUCAUUUAACCAGUCAUUCAGAUGAAAGACACUAUGCAUGUGAUAUUUGUGAUUUCACUACAAAAUAUGCUAGUCAUUUAUUAUCCCAUAAAAGACUUCAUUCUGGUGAUUUAUUUCAUUGCGAAUAUUCUGGUUGUUCUUAUUCAUCACCUAAAAAAUCACAAUUAGCUGCUCAUUUGAGAACUCAUCUUGCUGUUAGAUCUCAUACCUGUAAUAUUUGUCAUAGAUCAUUUAUUGAAAAAUCCCAUCUUGUUAGACAUGAAAGAAUACAUUUAGAAGAUAAACCAUUUAAAUGUGAACAAUGUUCAUAUGCCUCAUCAAGAAGAGAUAAACUUAAGGAGCAUAUUCAAAAACACCAUACAGGAGAUAAUUCAGGAAAUAAUAAACCAACAAAACGUCGUAAACGUGAUAAAUUAAAUAAUGAAUCAAAAAUACAAUUUCAAAAGGAAAUUGCAUUAAGAAAUAGACAAAGUGACCAAACAAAAUUAUUCCGUCCUAUAACACAUAAUGAAAUAGAGGAAAAUAUUUUUCCUGAUAAAAUAUCAUCAACUACACAUAAUAAUGUAAUUUCAAUGAAUACUAGAACUAUUCAUCACCAACAACAACAACAACAACCUGAAAGUAACCUUACAGAGUAUAAUGAUAUGAUAAAUAUUGGUAGAAUUCAUAGUAAUAAUCGAUCAUCAUCUGUUGUAUUACAAUCAAAUCAAGAUAGUAUCCUCCUUCAUAAUAUAAGUCCUUCUCGAUCUCUAAAUGGAAAUAUAAAUGAUAUUCUUGGUGAUGAUACUUUAUAUGAUAAUAUUGGAAAAGUUAAUGUUGACGGGGGACAUUUAACACGUAUGAUGGGACAUGAAACAUCAAGAUCAUUUCCUGAAACACCAACAGAUCCUAUGGAUAGUCAACUAAUAAGAAGUCCCCAAUCUGUUGAUCCUCAAUAUAUGAUAGAUGAUUUUAAUCAAAUGAAUCCUCCAAAUAAUGGUAUUGAUAUGCAAAGACCAAUGUCCUUACCACCAUAUACAAUGCCAAAUCAAAUGAUGUCACAAAAUGGUCAUCUUAAUAAUAUUAAUCAGGUUACUACUUAUAGUCAACCUACUAAUACAAAUCCACAACUUCAUAAUGGUCCAGGUGUUCAUAAUAAUAUGCAUACAUGGGGAUGGUAG